UUGAGUGUUUCUCUCUAGCAGUCUGUGUCUCCAGCUGUUAGUUCCUCUGGUUAGCAUUUAAAACAAAUCCUCUGGACAUUCAGCGAAUAGAAAUGGCUACUGCAUGCAUAGAAAGUGUCAGAGAUGAAGUAGUAAAGAUUUGGACUUGAAUAGUUGUGACUUGAAUAGUUUUUUUCAGGAUAUGAGCUGUGUGAGAUUGAAUAGAGUGAUGGCGUUUUUGACUAGGUCGUUUGCCAUGUCGGGAAGUGUUGAUAGAAAUUAUAAAGCACUACUACUUUUCUUCCGACUGAAUUCACUGUCAAAAUGGACUCCCAUAAACAAAAUGAAAACUUCAUUUCCUAUCCUAUUGCUGUCUAUACAGUGAUUCCUUGAAGUGUCCUUGCAGAAUAUACACAGUGCUGAUGUGCACUGAUAGACUCAUUCAUUGUUUUGACUACCAGUGUAUUAUCUUGUGUGUUGUCAUUUUUUAGUUAGUGUUCAGGAGAGGAAUUGGAGUGGAUUCGCUUCCUGCUUCCUGCUUCCCACCUGGCCAAUCUUCAUUAUCCUACAUGGAAAGCGUUUGGUGUGAAAAAGGCAUUUGCCAUGUAAUAACAGUGAAAGGCAGAAUGUGAAGACUCUGAGGUGAAUAGAGUUCUGCUAGAGGUGACCCCAUGUUUGUCUUCGGUUUGUCCACACUUUCCUUAGUCUUACUGGGCGAAAGAAAGACCUCCCCAGCAUCUGCCUCAUUAGCAAAGAAACAACAAAAAACAAAACACGAGUUCCAGGAAAAGGAUGCCAGUCUCUCUCCACCCUAUCAGCCUCUCUCUCCCUCUGGGUUUGUGAUGUGUGGAGUGUGAGGUCAUGUCCCAGACUGGAAAAGUUCUUCAUCUGUACGUGGAGGUGCGGUCAGCCUCGGAGCAGGAUGGGAAGGGGGGCUUGGAAGGAGGGGUGGGGGGUCCCAGGACCGGAAGUGACUCAGCGUCAGCACAAAAUGGGCCAGAAGGGCUUUUGACACAGCUCACCGGCCACACAAAACGUCCUACUCCUGCUGAAGCUCCAGUGCACAGCUUGGCCCAUUACCCCCACGGGAGCCAGUCCCCCUCCAGACACACUGUGAGCUUCCAGCUUCACUCUGGCCACGGCACCCAGUCGCCUCGCAUCUCGAAGCGGCAGAGUUCGCCAGGGUCACUGACGAAUUCCCCAGGGUUUUCCGGGAUGGUGGGGGCCCCCGGACAGCACAAUGCCUCCUCCAAAGGGCGGGUCGCCGGGGGCCAUGGCCAACGCUCGGUGGUGACCUUCAGUUACAUUGAGAAGGCCAAAGUCAAAACUGUGGAGAGCCCGCAGAACUCUGCUUCGCAGGGGGGCUCCAGGGUAGAGGAGUCGUUCCCGUCUUCCCUCCCCCAGAAGAGACUCGUCGACCACAUCUGGUCAGAUGGUCCUGGAUCCCCGUGCAGAUCUAGUCCUAAAAAAGCAUCACAUCCCCAAGGCGGUCACAAGCAGCAACAGGGGACACAUCGGGGCACCCCAAGCCUUGGCCACCCCGUCCCGGAUCCCGUCGGCAGGGCGGCCACACAGAGGGCCCUGGAGGAGUUUGGGUUCGGCUCCCCCUUGCUCAGGAGUAAGAUCAUUCACGGGCUGGAGCAGUGUCCACCAGGCUCCCGCCAAACCCAGCAGGUCUGCUGCCAGGCCUGGGCCGGCGGCUCUCCUGCGCGACGCCACUGUGGCUGCAAUAACUUCCCCAAUAGUCACAUUGUGGAUGCGGAUAGAAACAGGGCCGUCUGCGGGCCAAUACCCAGGAGCCCGGCCUCUAACCAGCUUUCCUCCCAUGCAAGGCAGGCAGCUCUGGGCAUGUCUCUUAAUUCAAGACCCAGGUUGUGCGCGGGUGCCCAGGCGCAGAGUCCGCACCACUGGGAAAGCCAGGACAAUACUGGGAGCACGAACUCCCAGAGACACAAGCCCUGUAACAGCAGUCCUUUGCCUCACGCGGCUAUCCUCCACCUUGGCAAUAAACUAGGGGAGGGAACUGUACUGAACCAGCUGAACGGUAGCACACCCUCCUCCCCGGCCAACAGCCCUGAGGUGGCCCGGAGGCUUGCCCUGGAGGCCACAAAGGUGUCCUCCAUUUUGGCCGAGGUGAGGAGGAACUCGUUGACUUUGCACAACGCUCUAGACGCGGAGUUAGGGAGACCUGGUGGUCUGCCGGGAGAACCCCACAGUUUUCUCCCAAAUGCACAGCGCCAAGACAUCCAGCGUCAGGCGGUUAAAAUGAACAUCCCUUUACACGGCCAGCGCACACCAGCAUCGGACGACACUGACUCUCACCAGGCGGUGAACUCUUCACCAGCGUCACACAGAAAGUGCACGAGCUCUCCAGCACCAACCAAUGACGGGGCUCAGCAUGGGGUGGGAGCAGCUCUGGCUCAGAGCUCUAUCCUAUCAGAUUCGGUAGCAAGCGGAGGAGGGUCACCGGCCCUACCUUCGCUCCUCCUCCGUCCCGCUCCUCCCCCCGCUGAGGCCGGCUCCCCUUUGAGGGACCCCAGGCUCCUCAGAGCCCAGCUUAGAGUGACAGACAGCCCCACGCUACACCGCUGCCGGCCUCCCCAAUACACUGGAGAUCUCUGGCCCCUUGAGCUGGACGGGAGGGGUGACUCGUCCUGCUUCGAGAGGGGGGGCAGCGCGGAGCUGUCCCGUAGGCUCUACGUAGGCCAGAGUGUGGAGGAAGCCCCGGUCAGCUGGACCUCCAGGCAAACCUGGAGCCACCUGGUGGUGGAGGAGAGCAGCAGCUCCAGUUCCAGCCCCGGACACGGACCCAGAACCGGGCAGCACCCCUUGAGCACGGCCCAGCAGAAGAGGGCAGAGCAAAGGAGGAGGGAGGUUCUGCUACUGGGCCCGGUGGUGCUGGACUCUCCUGAGGAGGAUGAGGGACUGGAUGGGGAUGUGGAGGAGGUUUACGGACCAGGGCCACAGGCAGGCCUGCUGAGGGUGGAGGAGCCUCCGGAGGGGGAACAUAUGGGCGUAGCGGGGUCUUCGUCUCGGAGUUCCAGCGGGGUGACCGGCAGCCUGGGGGAAAGGGACUGCGUUUCCCCAGAGUCCAGUCAGUCCAGCCACCAGAGUAAUGAGACCGGGGCAGCCACCUCCGGGAUACAGACGGACAGUGUCUCUCCAGUCCCAGGCCCCUCCCUUCACUCCCAGAAGAUAGCGCGUGCCAAGUGGGAGUUCCUGUUUGGGACCCCCGCCGAGGAAGCUGCCAGCAGGGGGGAGAAAAAUUCAACCGCGGCCACAGCUCCCCCUAGUGGCCAGUCCAGUGAAUCCCCCACCCCCACGCCCCCCACCUCCCUCCCCCUGAUCUCGGCCAAUCACGAGGUGCACCACGUCGAGGUGGAGCUGGUGACUCCGCCCCCAACGGCGGCCGGGGCUCCGCCCAGGACGGGCAUCAUCCGGAGGACGCUCAGGUACUCGGAGACGGAUCUGGACGCCGUGCCCCUGCGCUGCUACCGCGAGACCGACAUCGACGAGUGUGAAGAGCACGUCUGGCACGGGCAGCAGCCCCCUGGGAGUCUGUCCCUAUGA